CUCUAAUGAGACACUUGAUGCAAGUUUAUACAUUUCUUGAGCGGUGCUUUCACUGGCGCGCACCAAAACGCACCACCGGCUCUCUUUGUCACCACUGGAUCUAAACUCACUCACCUACCUACCUACCGAGCUACAAUCGGCAAGACAAAAAAGGCAUUUUAUAUUCCCAGGAAGCUUUUAGUUCCUCCACACUCGCCCGUGACUGAAAUGAAUCAUAAAACCCUGUUGCUGUGGAUUUUCCUCCAGUGUGCUGUUUUGCUCUUUUCAUUCGCUGCUGGGGAAAACGCUGUUCUUAAAGGUGAAGGUGCGUUGGAUGAACUGCCAACAGAUGGCAAAGCUUUCAGUGGCGUCGUCAAGUACAACAUGAGGAAGAGUUUAGACUUUGACGUGGAGGGCUGCUACCUGCAUGCAGGCAAGAAGGAAUGUCUAGAGGAGUGUGGCUUCAACACUACAGCUAAGACCAUCUUCAUCGUCCACGGCUGGACGAUGAGCGGGAUGUUCGAAAGCUGGAUGCAUAAGCUGGUUUCUGCAGUGAUGCAGCGGGAAAGUGACGCCAAUGUGGUUGUUGUUGAUUGGAUAACGAUGGCUCAGCAGCUGUACCCCGAUGCAGUCAACCACACCCACGACGUCGGCCUCGACAUCGCCGAAAUGAUCAACUGGCUUAAGGAUGAAGAGCAGCUGCCUCUGGAGAAAGUGCACCUGAUUGGCUACAGUUUAGGCGCUCAUGUAGCCGGCUACGCGGGGAGAUUUGUGCGAGGGAACAUCGGCAGAAUAACUGGUCUGGACCCAGCAGGACCAAUGUUUGAGGGUGUAGAGGAACAGAAGCGCCUCUCCCCCGAUGAUGCCGACUUUGUGGACGUUCUGCACACAUACACUCGAGAGGCUUUGGGUGUGAGCAUCGGGAUCCAGCAGCCAAUUGGGGACAUUGACAUCUACCCCAAUGGUGGUGACGUGCAGCCCGGCUGUGCACUGGGGGACGUGCUGGCAGUAGCUGGAAAUUUCAUGGAGGUGAUGAAGUGCGAGCAUGAGCGUGCCGUGCACUUGUUUGUGGACUCCUUGAUGAACAAGGAGCACAUGAGCUUUGCCUACCAGUGCACCGGCCCCGAUCGCUUCAAGAAGGGCAUCUGCCUCAGCUGCCGCAAAAAUCGCUGCAACAACAUUGGCUACAAUGCCAGAAAGAUGCGUAAGAGGCGCAACAGUAAAAUGUAUCUGAAGACACGUGCUGACACUCCCUUUGGAGGCUACCACUACCAGAUGAAGAUGCAUGUGUUCAACAGAAAACAGGCAGACAAUGCAGACCCCACCUUCCAUGUCAAGUUGUACGGAGCCCAUGAGGAUACAACAAACAUAUUUGUUGAUGUCCAUGAGGAGACCAUCGGUCUGAACCUGACUAACACCUUCUUGGUGUUCACUGAGAAGGACAUUGGUGACCUGCUGAAGAUCCGCUUGAGCUGGGAAGGAGAAUCUGAAUCCUGGAACUCUGUGUGGAAGAACAUUAAGAAGACGUUCUGGGCCUGGAACGCCAAGCCUCCCAAACCUGUACUGCAAGUCCGUCGGAUUCGUGUGAAAGCUGGGGAAACGCAGAAGAAGUUUACGUUCUGUGCCGAAGAUCCUGCACAAACCGAAAUCUCACCAGGGGACUCCAUAACUUUCGCAAAAUGUCGUGAUGGCUGGGAAGUGAAGCCAAGAAAACGGCUGCCCAUGUAAUAACUCAGCACUUCCAACAACCAAUGCACCAUCACCAUGGGGGACCCAAAAUGGAUCAGCGAGAAGCACUGCUUUCUCUUCAUUUGAGCACUUUUCAUAGGAGGACGAUUCAUCAGCACACGGUGGGAGGGGCUCGACUGGACUCUGAACUGCACCUGGAAGGUUUCCAUUGGUGUCUGGAAACAAGGACUCCGGGGUCUGUCCAGCAUAUUCGAGACUGCUGGACAAUGAUAUGAAGGCUAGAAGCAGAGGGGCAGUCCUAAAUGUGUUAAGAUUGCCCGAGGAAUUUCUGAACGUUCCUUUGUGUGGACUAGUGACGUAGAAUACAGAUCUGUGCCAGUGGACAUACACCAGCAUUUAUAGUCGCUGUACUGUACAUUUUUAAAUAUUUUUUAUUUAUGAGAAAAAUGGAAGCACUGCAAGACCAACAUUAUUUAUCAGAGCACAUCCCAUAAUGAAGCAUAUGUUGAAUGCAUUUCUCCUAGAUGCAGUAUUUGUGUGUGUAUGUUGUGUAUGUGUGUGUGUGUUAAUUUGAGUGUUUGUGUCUGUUGUGACCAAGAAGUGUGCCUUUCUGCUGAGAGAUUACUGAUACACUGUAUAACUGAUGGAGAGACCUGAUCUCAUUGCACACGAUUUUUCUAAAGUUUUGUGCAUAGUGUUACUGUUGCCGUUAUGUUGCUUAUUUUGGGUGUGUGUUUAUGUAUAUAAUGUAAAUAACUUUUUUGGAAAAAUAAAUUCACCUGUUAUUUGUAAAAA